UCGUCAUAAAAAAAAAAAAAAAACGUAACAAGCUAAUAUGGUUAACAUGGUUUUCUUGUUGUUGCUUCUUGUGCUUAUUGGGUUGGAGACAACAGGAACAGGAGUAUGUUAUGGACGAGUUGCAAACAAUUUACCUUCUGCAGAGGAAGUAAUAGAUCUUUACAAAAUAAAUGGUAUUGGAAGAAUGAGAAUAUAUGAUCCUGAUCAAGCAACCUUAGAGGCUCUAAGAGGCUCUAAUAUAGAACUUGUUAUUGGGGUCCGUAAUGAAGACAUUCAAUCAAUUGCCUAUAGUGUUUCAUCAGCUACUAAUUGGGUCCAAAACAACAUACUAAAAUACUCUCAAGACGUAAAGUUUAGGUACAUUGUUGUUGGGAAUGAAAUAAAUCCUAGUAAUGAUGCAACAUCAAAAUUUGUUCUACUUGCAAUGCAGAACAUUUAUACAGCACUAGCAUCUUCCAAUCUACAAAAUCAAAUUAAGGUUUCAACAGCUAUACAAAUGAAUUUGUUAGGAAGUUCAUAUCCUCCAUCACAAGGAGUAUUUAGUCCUUCUUCAAUUUCAUAUAUAAUUCCAAUAGUUAAAUUUCUUGUGGAUAAUGAGGCACCAUUGCUUGCUAAUGUGUACACUUAUUUUAGCUACAUAAGUGACACAAAGGACAUUGACCUUUCAUUUGCACUAUUUACUUCAACAACUAUUAAGGUGCAUGAUGGUCAAUAUGCGUACCAAAAUCUAUUUGAUGCAACAUUAGGGGCACUUUAUGCAGCUCUUGAGAAAAUUGGUGGUGCUAAUUUGGAAGUAGUAGUAUCAGAAAGUGGAUGGCCUUCAGAUGGUGGUGUUGCUGCAUCAAUUGAAAAUGCACAAAUCUACCAUGAGAAUUUGAUUAAGCAUGUGAUUACUGGGACUCCUAAUAGGCCUAAUCAAGCAUUAGAGACUUACUUAUUUGCCAUGUUUGAUGAAAAUAAUAAAGGACCAGAUGAAACUGAAAGACACUAUGGUUUGUUUACUCCUGAUAAACAGAUCAAAUAUCAAAUUGGUCAAUUGUUUAUAUCAUCUGAUUCUCGAAGUUCCUCUUCUCAUCUUUGGAGGGAAGGAAUAAUAUUUUCUUAUUGUUUCACU